CUUCGGCGCGGCGACGGCGGCUGCGCUUCCGCCUGGCGGGCCCGGCCGAGCGAGCGCCCGCGAUGUGGCUGGCCCCGGAGGAGGUGCUGGUGGCCCACGCGCUGUGGGUGACGGAGCGGGCCAACCCCUUCUUCGUGCUGCAGCGGCGCCGGGGCCACGGCAAGGGCGGCGGGCUCACGGGUCUUCUCGUAGGAACACUGGACGUGGUGCUGGACUCCAGUGCCCGCGUGGCACCAUAUCGCAUCCUGCACCAGACCCAGGACUCGCAGAUCUACUGGACCGUGGCCUGCGGCUCCUCCCGCAAAGAGAUCACCAAGUGCUGGGAGUGGCUGGAGAGUAACUUGCUGCAGACCCUGGCCGUCUUCGAGAGCGAGGAGGACAUCACCACCUUCGUCAAGGGCAAGAUCCAUGGCAUCAUCGCUGAGGAGAGCAAGGGGCUCCCGGCCCAGGGGGACGAGGACCCCGGGAAGUUCAAGGAGGCGGAGCUGAAGAUGCGCAGGCAGUUCGGCAUGCCCGAGGGGGAGCGGCUGGUCAACUACUACUCCUGCAGCUUCUGGAAGGGCCGCGUGCCCCGCCAGGGCUGGCUCUACCUGUCCGUCAACCACCUCUGCUUCUACUCCUUCCUGCUGGGCAAGGAGGUGAGCCUGGUGGUGCAGUGGGUGGACGUGACUCGGCUGGACAAGAGCGCCACCCUGCUGUUCCCCGAGAGCAUCCGCGUGGCCACCCGGGACCAGGACCUCUUCUUCUCCAUGUUCCUCAACGUGGCCGAGACCUUCAAGCUCAUGGAGCAGCUGGCCAACCUGGCCGUGCGCCAGCUGCUAGACAGCUCCGGCCUCCCGGAGCAGAAGGCCCUGCCCCGGCCCACGCGGCCACACCGGCAUGUUUCUGCCCUGAAGAGAGACCUGGACGCCCGCGCCAAGAACGAGUGUUACCGCGCGACCUUCCGGCUGCCCCUGGACGAGCGGCUGGACGGCCACACGAGCUGCACCCUGUGGGCGCCCUUCAGCAAGCUGCACGUGCCGGGGGUGCUGUUCAUCUCCGGGAACUACAUCUGCUUCGCCAGCAAGGAGGAGGAUGCCUGCCACCUCAUCAUCCCGCUGCGCGAGGUCACCAUCGUGGAGAAGGCCGACUGCUCCAGCGUCCUGCCCAGCCCGCUGUCCAUCAGCACCCGCGGCAAGAUGACCUUCCUCUUCGCCAACCUGCGGGACCGCGACUUCCUGGUGCAGAAGAUUUCAGACUUCCUGCAGAAAACCCCAGUCAAGGGGCCCGAUGCCAGCAGCAAGGCCCAGGGGGCCGGCCUAGGGGACCCCGAGACCCCCGAAGAGUUCACCGAGCUGCCAGCCCACCCAUCCUCACCCCUGGGGGAAACCCAGGGGGCCAGCGCGCUGGAGGCGCCCACGGCUUCACAGGGUCUGCUCAAGCUCUUCCAGAGGGGCACACGGAUGGAGGACCUGGGCGCUAAGGGGGCCAAGGAGAAGAUGAAGGAGGAAUCGUGGAACAUCCACUUCUUCGAGUACGGCCGUGGCAUGUGCAUGUACCGCACGGCCAAGACGCGGGAGCUGGUGCUCAAGGGCAUCCCCGAGAGUCUGCGCGGGGAGCUCUGGCUCCUCUUCUCAGGGGCCUGGAACGAGAUGGUGACACACCCCGGCUACUACGCCCAGCUGGUGGCGCAGUCCAUGGGCAAGUACAGCCUGGCCACGGAGGAGAUCGAGCGGGACCUGCACCGGUCCAUGCCGGAGCACCCUGCCUUCCAGAACGAGCUGGGCAUCGCCGCCCUCCGCCGCGUCCUCACGGCCUACGCCUUCCGCAACCCCAACAUCGGCUACUGCCAGGCCAUGAACAUCGUGACGUCCGUGCUCCUGCUCUACGGCACCGAGGAGGAGGCCUUCUGGCUGCUGGUGGCCCUCUGCGAGCGCAUGCUGCCCGACUAUUACAACACCAGGGUGGUGGGGGCGCUGGUGGACCAGGGCAUCUUCGAGGAGCUGACGCGCGCGCUGCUGCCGGCGCUGUGGGCCCGCCUGCGCGAGCUGGGCGUCCUCUCCAGCAUCUCGCUGUCCUGGUUCCUCACGCUCUUCCUCAGCGUCAUGCCCUUCGAGAGCGCCGUCGUGGUGGUCGACUGCUUCUUCUACGAGGGCAUCAAGGUCGUCCUGCAGCUGGCCCUGGCCGUGCUGGACGCUAACGCCGAGGCACUGCUGGCCUGCAGCGAUGAGGGCGAGGCCAUGACCAUCCUGGGCAGGUACCUGGACAACGUGGUGAACCGCCAGAGCGUCUCCCCACCCGUCCCGCACCUGCAUGCGCUGCUGACCAGCGGGGACAGCCCGCCCGAGCAGGUGGACAUCUUCGCCUUGCUGAAGGCGUCCUACGAGAAGUUCAGCGGUCUGCGCGCCGAGGGCAUCGAGCAGAUGCGGGUCAAGCAGCGGCUGAAGGUGGUCCAGUCCCUGGAAGACACGGCCAAGAGGAGUGUGGUCCGAGCUAUCCCCGGGGACAUCGGCUUCUCCAUCGAGGAGCUGGAGGAACUCUACGUGGUGUUCAAGGCCAAGCACCUGGAGAGCCAGUACUGGGGGGGCAGCCAGCACCCCGCUGCGGGGCGCCGGGACCCCAGCCUGCCCUACCUGGAGCAGUACCGCAUCGACAGCGCCCAGUUCCACGAGCUCUUCGCCGCUCUGGCGCCCUGGGCCUGCGGCCCCCACACAGCCGCGCUGGCCGCGCGCAUGUUCCGCCUGCUGGACACCAACAGGGAUGCCCUCAUCAACUUCAAGGAGUUCGUGACGGGCAUGAGUGGAAUGUACCACGGGGACCUGACUGACAAGCUCAAGGCGCUGUACAAGCUGCACCUGCCCCCAGCUCUGAGUGCUGACGACGCCGAGUCGGCCCUUGAGGCCGCCCACUACUUCACCCAGGACUGCGCCCCCGAAGGAGCCCUACGGGACAGCGAGCUCAAGGGGACCCCGAGAGAGGACGCGGGGGAGAGACCGGGGGGCAGACCCCACCAGAGCUCCCCGGGGACGGAGGACAAGGCGAGCAGCCCUCCUGACUACCGGCAUUACCUGCGCAUGUGGGCCAAGGAGAAGGAGGCCCAGAAGGAGACCAUCAAGGACCUUCCCAAGAUGAACCAGGAGCAGUUCAUCGAGCUGUGCAAGACCCUGUACAACAUGUUCAGCGAGGACCCCCGCGAGCAGGAGCUCUACCACGCCAUCGCCACCGUGGCCAGCCUGCUACUGCGCAUCGGCGAGGUGGGGAAGCGCUUCUCGGGCCGGCAGAGCCUGGAGGGCCGCCCAGCGGCGGCGGCAGAGGACAAGCAGGAGCCAGCCGCGGAGGAGGCCGGCGGGGACAGCCCCGCCCACAGGGCCCCGCCCGAGAGCCAGGCGGUGGGGGAGGGCGGCGAGGGCGAGGGCCGAGGGGGCUUGUCCCCACCCCUGCCGCUGUCGCCCCUGUGGGACGAGGACACCAAGGACGACCUGUCGGUGUCGUCCUUCUCGGUGGUGAGCUCGGGCUCGCUGCCCUGUGACGACCUGGCCGAGGACCCCGUGCUCCUGGCCGGGGAGCCGGGCCCCGGGGCCGUGGGCGGGGCCGAGGGCGCUGUGGGCGGGGCCGAGGGCGCUGUGGAUGAGACAGCGACCGCCGAGGGCGCCGUGGACGGGGCGGGGAGGGCCGCGGGUGCCGUGGACGGGGCGGGGAGGGCCGCGGGCGCCGUGGACGGGGCGGGGAGGGCCCGGGGCGCCGUGGACGGGGCGGGGAGGGCCGUGGACAGGGCGGGCAGGGCCCCGGGCGCCGUGGACGGGGACUGGUGCAUCUCAUUCGAGCAGAUCCUGGCGUCCGUCCUCACCGAGCCGGCGCUGGUGACCUUCUUUGAGAAGCGGGUGGACCUGGGCGCCAGGCUGCAGGAGCAGAAGAAGGUGGACCGGCAGGUCAGCACCAGCAGUGACCCCGCAGAGCAGUACGGGGGCUCUGGCUGAACUCCGGCCCACUGCACCUCGCCAGCCUGCCCCAGAGGGACAGUGACCCUGCUCUGUCGCCUAGCCUGCCCCUUGCCUGGCCCUUCACCCGGGCGUCCAGUACAGGGCGGGGCGGCCACUCACUUUGGAGGCCCCAGCCUGCCCCGCCUUCAUCAGCCCCCGGCCUCUGCUCUCCAUGGCUCAGUCAGCCCCCAGGAGUGAGCCGCCCGGGCAGUGUCCCUGCCCAGGCCCCACUCCUCCCGCACGCCCUGCCCUCGUAGUCCACCGGCUCGGUGGCCUCACCCCACCACGUGGACGCCGGGUUCGGGGAGCCAGACUGGGGCUGGGGGCCGGGCCUUGUGGCAGACCCUGUUCCCCCGCGGGGACAGCCACGUCCCGUCUGCUCUAUGGAGCCAGCGAGGCACGGAAGGCACCGGUGGGACCCCAGGUCCCGGGUCUGUUUUCAUUUGGGGUCACACCCGGGAGGGUCCAGGGCUUCUUCCUGGCGCCGUGCCCAGGAGUCGCUCGAGGGACCCGGAGAAGCCUGGGGGGCCGGGGUGGGCCUGUGUCAGCCCAGGGCCUUCGCCCAGAGGUGCUGUCCCGGCACCCAGACUGCCGGGUUUUCAGCACCUGAGAAGUGGCGGGAACAGACGUGGAAUUCCCCUGCGGGCCGCGGGCGGGGGCCUAGCCCCCUCCGUGUCCAGGCUUUCUUUGUGGGGGUGGGCAGGGGCCUCACCCAGCAGUGCUCAGGGAUCACUCCUGGUGGACUUGGGGGUCCCUCUGGGGUGCCAAGGAUCAAAACCAGUCGUGCCUGCUCAGGCCUCUCCAUUUUUCUGUUUGUAUUUCCUUUCCAGCUGCCCCCAGAGGGGGCCUCAGCCUCAGGCCCUAGCCCCAGGCAGGCCCUCAGGGCUUCCUGUUUUUCAGAUACUUUUAUGGGUGAUUUAAAAGUGGGAUCCACAGUGCUGACUUGGCGACACUUAGAGAAACACAGAUGAGUUGGAAGUUUCAUAACAGGCGGGGAGGGGCAGGGGGGCGAGUCGUUAACAUGGGUCAGCGUCCUUCCCGCCCCACAGUUUAUACCCAUCUUCUGCCCAUUUCCCUGGUUGCUGGCUAGAAGCAAAUGGACACCUGAGACUGACCACCCCUGGGGCUGUAGAGAUAGUUCAGCAAGCAGGGACUUUGCCUUGACACACCCAGCCCAGGCUUGGGCCCCAACAUCCUAUAUGGUCCCCUGAGCACCGCCAUGAGGAGUACUCUUGAGUGCAAAGCCAGGAGUAGCUCCCGCGUAUCACGGGAGGAGACCCAAUAAGCCAAAAAAAAAAGAUGGAUUAAGGUAAUUUCUCCUGAUAAAAAAAAAGAAAAAAACCCAACGCUUUAGGUCGGUCCUGGGAUGGAGGCACAAGGGUGGGGCUCCUGCCUUGGAGCCCCCCACCUCUCGUGGUGCUCCCCAGCCCUGGCAGCUCUGACCUCUGACCUCAGGGCUGGGAGGACCCCGAGCAGCACCAGGGUGGAUGCCCCCCAAGCCUCAUGUUUCAUCAAAUAGAAGGAAUUCAAUAACUUGAAUUUGGAUCAAUAUUUUACAUGCCUCCCAUACAGAAAUUUGAAACUAUACCAAAGAAAUACAAAAGAAUGCAAAUGAGUAUCUUGCCUUUUCGUUUAGUGAAAUAUUGUGCAAAUGUACAUAGUCAUAUGUUCGCCAGUUCAUCAUGCAACCUGAGCUAAUAUGCAAAAUGUUGACCCAGAAGAAUAAAUGACUCUAAUGAUAUUUUAAAUAUAUUUUUACUCUGUGAACAAAAAUGAAAAUUUUGAAACUGCUCACUUGCCAAGUGGAAGUUGUACCAAACUGUUCAGGUCCUUAUCAUUCCAAAGGGGAAAAAAAUAAACACGUAUCUGGAUUUUUAAAAGAUCACCUGUUUGUUGCAAAUAAAAACAGAAAAGUAGA